CAAAGACACUGGCAGGCAGAAAAAAAUGUCUACCCGCUAUCAUCAAGCAGCGAGUGACAGCUACCUGGAACUUCUGAAGGAGGCCACCAAGCGUGAUCUGAAUCUCUCGGAUGAUGAUGGCAUGACACCCACCCUCCUGGCAGCCUACCACGGCAACCUCGAGGCCCUAGAAAUAAUAUGCAGCAGAGGUGGGGACCCUGAUAAGUGUGACAUCUGGGGAAAUACUCCUCUACAUUAUGCAGCCUCCAAUGGCCACACCCAUUGCAUCUCAUUCCUGGUCAACUUUGGUGCCAACAUCUUUGCCCUAGAUAAUGACUUAAAGUCUCCACUGGAUGCUGCUGCCAGCAGGGAGCAGAAAGAAUGUGUUGCUCUCCUGGAUAAGGCUGCCACCGUACAGAACACCACAAACCCCAAGAGGGUUGCCCGACUGAAGGAGCAGGCUCUGAGGAAUGCCAGGAGGCAGGUGAAAGAGUGUGAACGACUUCAGGAGAAGCACCAAAACAGAAUGGCCCGCACCCAUAGCAAGGAAGACUCUGGGACUCUUUCUUCUUCCCAUGGCACCUUCUCCACAUCGUCCCUUUCCAAAGCUUCUGCUGGUGGAUUUGGGUCACUAUCUAAAGGCAUUAAAGAUACCUUUAAGAUAAAAUUUAAGAAGAACAAAGACACAGCAGAGCAGGUGGGGAAGGAAGACAGAAAUGGGCAGAGGCAUGUAAUGGAAGUGUUCAGAGAGGAGGAGGAAGACUCAUUCCCAGAGGACUUCAGAGAGAAGCUCCAUUUCUCGGCAGAGGAAGCCAGUGACAUACAGCACGAGUCUAUUCUCAACCGUCCAGGGCUAGGGAGUAUUGUUUUUAGGAGGAACCGAGUACUGGACCUUCAGGACAUCUCAGAUAGCAAGAGAGAGUUGGGCUUUAAAAUGCCCAGUGAGUUAUUCCAAAGACAAGGAGCAGCCGCUGAAGAGGAAGACGAAGAGGGAGAGGCAAACAAUGGUACUGCAAGUGAUCUUCCUUGGGACGAAGACGAAAUAGAAUGGGAGGAGGAUGUGGCUGACGCCACUCCCCUGGAAGUGUUCUUGCGGUCUCAGCACCUAGAGGAAUUCCUUCCCAUCUUCACGAGAGAGCAGAUCGAUCUAGAAGCUCUGCUGCUUUGCUCUGAUGAGGACCUUCAGAAUAUCCACAUGCAGCUGGGCCCCAGAAAGAAAGUCCUUAAUGCCAUAGACAAAAGGAAGCAGGUGCUUCAACAGCCUGGGCAGCUGGUGGACACCAACCUCUGAUGGAGGCCAUUGGUUAACAGGGUGACCUGAGCGUGGUGGUCAUGCUGAGUUCCCUUGGGAGCAUCGCAGGAUGCACCCUGUACCUUAUCUCUCUAUCCAAUGACAGAACUCUGGGUAUAGGCAUUAGGGUUUUAGAGAGGACCCCCAAAACAGAGGCCCAGACUCUAGGAGGUAAUCUGUAUUGAGUAAACCAUAAGUAAAAAACAAAAAAUUAGAAGACCCUGGAACCAAAAAAUGAUAUUUCUCUUCAUGACUGCAUUCUGUGGAAAUCAAAGGCUCUCACUGGCCCAACUUACAUGGAACUAACCUUUUAACAGAUACUUACAAGCAACACGGUUGGGUUUAUAAAGUUCCUGUCUAAGAAUCAGGGCAGUGUAGCAAGUAGCGGGGGAUGGCAGAAGGAAAAUGUGGGGUGCCUACUGUGGGAUGAAUUUCUAAAGUUCAUGUGUGGAAGCCCUAACCCCUAAGUGAUCCCUCACCUUUAAAGAGGUUAUUAAGGUUAUGUGAGGUUAUAAGGGUGGGCUCUUAAUUCCACAAUUCCAUGUGACUUAAAAGGAAAGGAAGGUACAUCAAGGGUGCACUCAUACAGGAAGAGCAGGAAGGCAGCUGUCAAUCAGUUAAUGAGAGCUAUACCUGCCCCCCACCCCACCCCCACCCUGCCCCUGCACACACACCUCUGGGGAAAAUCAAACUUAACAAUAGUUUGGACUUUCAGUCUCCUGAGAUGUGAAAAAUAAAUGUCUGUUGUUUGAGCA